CUUCUAACAGAACCGAACGGAACCGAACGGAUGGUAAAAAAUGGCAGCUGUGUCUGUUCAUCAGUACGCUCAGUGCGUCACUUGCCAUGCCUGGAGUCCCGAUCGCUCAAUGGUUGCAUUUUGCCCUAAUAAUAAUGAAGUUCACAUCUAUAAACAGUUUCAAGACAAAUGGGAGAAGCUUCAUGUUCUGCAAAAGCAUGAUCAAAUCGUUUCUGGGAUGGACUGGAGUGCAAGGUCCAAUAGAAUUGUGACUGUAUCUCAUGAUCGGAAUUCAUAUGUCUGGAACCUGGAGGGAUCAGAAUGGGUACCGACUCUUGUUAUCCUUAGGCUGAAUCGUGCUGCACUUUGUGUUCAGUGGAGUCCCAAAGAAAACAAGUUUGCUGUCGGAAGUGGUGCUAAAACUGUUUGUAUAUGUUACUAUGAGCAAGAAAAUAAUUGGUGGGUCAGUAAACUUAUCAGGAAGAGACAUGAUUCGUCUGUGACUGGUGUUGCUUGGCAUCCUAAUAAUAAUCUUCUUGCAACAACAUCAACAGAUGGAAAGUGUCGAGUAUUUUCUACCUUUAUUAAAGGUGUUGAUACCAAGGAUUCAAAAGCGAGCAGUUCUUCAGAGACAAAAUUUGGAGAGCAAAUUGUUCAGCUUGAUCUCUCAUUUUCCUGGGCAUUUGGUGUGAAGUGGUCACCCAGUGGCAAGACCUUAGCUUAUGUAGGUCAUAAUUCUAUGAUUUACUUUGUUGAUGAAGUUGGCCCUUGUCCUUUAGCACAGAAUGUUGCAUUCCGUGAUUUGCCCCUCCGUGAUGUCUUGUUUGUAUCUGAGAGAAUGGUCAUAGGUGUGGGAUUUGAUUGCAACCCAAUGGUUUUUGCUGCAGAUAAAACAGGAAUAUGGAGCUUUAUUAGAUUCCUUGGUGAAAGGAAAACAUUAUCUUCAGGUCCAAAAUCACAGUUCUCUGAAGCAUUUGGAAAACUUUAUGGCCAAUCUAAGUAUGGAGUGAACAAUGAUGCUCUUGAGCCUUCAAGAUCACGUGGCAGUGGUGUUCACGAGAACUGCAUAACCUGCAUUGUGCCCAUUAGAGAGAGAGGCGUUUCAAGGAUAACUCGUUUUAGCACUUCAGGACUGGAUGGAAAAAUAGUUGUAUGGGAUUUGGAGAACCAAGAAGAUCUUGUGGGUUAUCUAUGAAGGUCGAACUUCUUAUAUCAUAGAGCCUCCAAUCCAAACGAUACAUAAAUAUAUGGAGUGUGAUGUGAUGAAUUUGUAUAUCAAUUCGGUUGGUGAACAAUUACCCUUUUAUUUUUCUUGCUGAUUUGUUUACAAUUAUGUACUUAAAUAUUAUUUGAGACAACCCGCGUAUUUAGAUUUUUUCUCAACUGAAAAUAUACUCUAAAUUAAUACAGUUUAACCGUUCAA